CCACCGAGAGAGCGGCGGGAGCCCUGUGUUCCCGCAGCCCCGUGAGCUGCAGCCCGGUGCGCUGCAUCCCGGUGUUCUGCAUCCCGGUGUUCUGCAGCCCGGCAUUCCCGCAUCCCGGUGUUUCCGCAGCCCGGUGUUCCCGCAGCCCGGUGAGCUGCAUCCCGGCAUUCCCGCAUCCCGGUGCUCCCGGUGCCGGCGCUCAUUCCCCGCUCGGCUCGGCUCGCCCAAGGGCAUCGCGGCGGAGGCGCGUCCCGGAGCAUCCCCCAGGCAGGGCCGGUGACCUUGGCGAGCGCGGCCGCUGCCACGGCGAGUCCCCGGGGGCUCGGUGCUCUGGUACCCCCCUGGAGCUGAAGAUGGACGUGAAGAGGGUGAAGGACUACCUGUACUGGCUGUACUACCAGUACCAGCUGGUGACAUGCAGCUACGUGCUGGAGCCCUGGGAGCAGUCCAUGUUCCACACCAUCACGGUCACCGUGCUGGCCAUGGUGGUGUACACCGCCUACGUCUUCGUGCCCAUCCACGUCCGCCUGGCCUUGCAAUUCUUCUCCCAGAUCUUCGGGCCCCAGCCCGAGAGCGCCGUGCUGAACUGAACUGAGCCGGGCCCAGCGGGGCCCAGCAGCUCCGGCAGCUCUGGGAAAAGGUUCACAGAUGGUGCGUGCUGAAGUUUGGCUCUUAGGAGAACCCUGCUUGAUGGCCUCCGGGGCUGGAGAGCGGAGCGAGGCACCGAGCACGGCCCCUCUUCCAUAAACACUCUGGGAAUGGCACACAGCUCCUGGAAUGGCACAGGAUCCACGCAGCGCCCACCUCCGGCAGCAAACCCCAUCUCCUAUUCCAUUCCUGCUCAGCCAGUCUCUUUCCCAGGGCUGCUUUAGGAUCUGUUGCUUUGAGGGACAGCAAAGUUCUGCUGCCCCAAACUCACUGUGAACACCAGGCUGGAGGGGUGUGAUGAACCCGAGCCUCUUUGCUCUGGCAUUUUAGGCAGCUCAAGUGUAGAAGGAAAUGGGGCACUGGGAGGUUUUCCAGCAGGGAAUCUGCUGAAUUCCCUGGGGACUGAUCUGCUCUGAAUGUCCUUAAACCCCAA